AUGUCGACGUCGACGAAGAAGAUUGUUUUAAAAAUCUCAGACGACAUAAUCUUUAAGGUUGAAGAGGCGGUGGCUCUACAGUCGAAGACCAUAGCCCACAUGAUUGAAGUUGACUGCGUCGCUAAUGCAAUCCCUCUUGCCAACGUCACAGGUGAAAUCCUCACUUUGGUGAUCGAGUAUUGCAAGAAACACGUUGUCUUCGCCGAUGGUGAUGGUGGUGGUGGUUCGUCUUCUUCCACCCAAGAGGAUCUCAAGAAUUGGGACGCUCAAUUUAUAAAUGAUCUCGACCAGUCAACGAUUUUUAAUCUGAUUCUGGCUGCUAAUUUUCUCAACAUCAAAACCCUUCUUGAUUUUACUUGUCAGUUCGUCGCUGAUACGAUGAUCAAAGGUAAAACAGUUGAGGAGGUUCGUAAGACUUUAUCAUCGAGAACGAUUUCACAGCCGAGGAAGAAGCACAGAUUCACCAUGAAAAUGAAUGGGAUUUUAAUUGAUCAUGUAGAUCACUUUUAG